AUGGCAUCCUUACUGCUCAGAACCCUCCUCCUAUUGCUAGCCUCUAUCCAGGGCUGUUUGGUCCUUAGCUCCAAGAUUGUGGGUGGCAAACCCGCCAUUCCCCACUCUCGGCCCUAUAUGGUCUCCCUGCAGGUUCAAGGGAACCACUUCUGUGGGGGGACCCUGAUCCACCCUCAGUUUGUGAUGACAGCAGCCCACUGCGUCAACCAAAUCAACCCUCAGCUGAUGAUGGUGGUGGUGGGAGCCCAUAACUUGGAAGUCCCUGAGACUGUCUGGCAGGUUUUCAGCGUCCAGCGUCUCUAUUCCAAUGACUAUGAUGACAAAAAUAAAUUGAAUGACAUCGCGCUCAUUGAGCUGGACCGUCCAGCCACUCUGAAUGCUGAGGUCCAGGUGGCUCCACUCCCAACACAGGGCCAGUCCCUGCCCGCAGGGACCCAGUGCCUGGCCAUGGGCUGGGGGCGACUGGGAACAAUGUUGCCCAUCCCCAGCGUUCUGCAGGAACUGAAUGUCACCGUGGUGACUUUCCUUUGCCGGGAGCAUAACGUCUGUACGCUGGCACCCCGUCAGCGAGCGGGCAUCUGUUUCGGGGAUUCUGGGGGUCCUCUGAUCUGCCAAGGAGUGGUCCAUGCUGUGGACUCCUUCAUCAUAGGAGGCUGUGCCUCUCAGCGCCACCCAGACUUCUUUGCCCGAGUCUCUCUUUAUGUCGACUGGAUUAACUCCAUCCUGAAAAAAGCAGAGGAAAAGCAGGAGGAAGAGAAGGAUGAGGAGGGGCUCUGGCAAGCCUCAGGCAGCUCCAUGGGGAAUCCUUGACCGACCCUUCCCCUGGGAGCCUUCCCACCAUCUUCAGCUCUUGGGACAAGAGACCCAGGAAGUGGGGGAUGUAUGGAGGCUCCAACUUCUACAAAGCAGGGUGUAGUUGCUAGAGAUCUGAGCUUGGAUCAGGAAGCCCUGAGUUCAAAUCCCAUCUCUGACACUUAUUCGCUGUAUGACCCUAAGCAAGUCACUCUGCUCCACUUGGAGCUUCAGUAAUCGCCUCUGUUCCGUGGAGGUAUUAAUAAUAAGAGCACCUACC